AUGGAGCGCUCCGGUCAAGUCGAGCCAACCCCAGGCUCCGGCGGACAGACGGUGAACUCCACAAAUGACACGUUCAGCGCGAACCCGACGACGCAGGACGAGAGCACCGACGGCCUCGUCUACCAAAUCGGUCUAGCGGCGAUCCUGUCCGUCAUCACCCUCGCCACCACCAUGUCCAACGCGUUCGUCAUCGCCGUCAUCUCGCAGUCGAAGAAACUCCAAACUCCGGCAAACUUUCUGAUCGCCUCCCUGGCCAUCACCGACCUGCUGGUGUCCAUCCUGGUGAUGCCCGUGUGCAUCCUGUACACGGUUAUCCACACCUGGACUCUCGGACAAGUUAUUUGCGACAUCUGGCUGUCCUCGGACAUAACGUGUUGCACCGCAUCCAUUCUCCACCUGUGCGUCAUCGCCCUGGAUAGGUUCUGGGCGAUAACGGACGCGGUUGAGUACGCGAAGAAGCGCACGCCGGCCCGGGCGGCGGGGAUGAUAGUCACCGUGUGGGUCAUCGCCAUCUCCAUCUCUCUCCCCCCGCUAUUCUGGCGGCAGGUGAAAGCGGAGGAGUUGACCAGCUGUAACGUCAACACGGACCACAUUUUCUACACCAUCUACUCCACGUUCGGGGCUUUCUACAUCCCCACGCUGCUGCUCAUCGCUCUGUACGGGAGGAUAUACGUCGAGGCGCGUAAGCGGAUUUUAAAACAGUCGCCCAGGAAGGCGCAAGGUAAAAGGCUGACUUGGGUUCACCUGCUAACCAACUCCCCCGGAUCCUCAACACCUCCCCAGCGCGACACCGCGUCGCUGGCGAGUGAAAACCAAGUCAAAGUGACCGUGUCGGACGCGGUGCUGGAGAAGAAGCGGAUAUCCGCCGCCCGCGAGAGGAAAGCCACCAAGACGCUGGGAAUAAUCCUGGGCGCCUAUAUCGUCUGCUGGUUGCCCUUUUUCAUCUACACGCUGGUGGUGGCCGCCUGUGUUACGUGCUUCUACCCUGAGCUGUUUGACUUUUUCACCUGGCUGGGCUACCUGAACUCUCUUAUCAACCCCAUCAUAUACACCAUGUCCAACGACGACUUCAAGAAAGCUUUCCACAAACUUGUACGCUUUAGGUGCUGCUGCAGGUUGUGA